AUGAUAUCGUGGUUCGUAGGCGGGUUUUGAACUGUCAUCUUCUAGUAGGUUCGAGAAGACGCGUGGAGAGGCCGGAGUCACAGGGAGCAGCAGAGCCAUGGAGAAGGCUACUGAACUGAAAGAAAAAGGUAACAAAGCCCUCUCAGCUGGAGAUUUGGAUGAAGCAGUGCGAUGCUACACUGAAGCCAUCAAACUAGACCCCAAAAAUCAUGUCCUUUAUAGCAACCGCUCUGCAGCAUAUGCCAAAAAGAGGGAAUAUGCCAAAGCUCUGGAAGAUGGAUGCAAAACUGUUGAGCUUAAAGCAGACUGGGGCAAGGGUUACUCAAGAAAAGCAGCAGCUCUGGAAUUUCUUAACCGCUUUGAGGAGGCAAAAAAAACCUAUGAAGAGGGUCUUCGGCAUGAGCCAACAAAUGCACAACUGAAAGAAGGCCUGCAAAACAUGGAGGCCAGGCUGGCAGAGAGGAAGUUCAUGAAUCCUUUCAACUCUCCCAACUUAUUCCAGAAGCUAGAAUCAGACCCUCGUACGAGAGCCCUUCUCAGUGACCCAAGUUAUAAAGAAUUGAUAGAGCAACUAAGGAACAAGCCAUCUGACCUAGGAACAAAGCUUCAGGAUCCACGAGUUAUGACCACUUUGAGUGUAUUACUUGGAGUAGAUCUAGGCACUGUGGAUGAUGAUGAUGAGGAACCGCCGCCACCACCUCCCACUCAGCCGAAAAAAGAGAACAAGCCUGAGCCAAUGGAAGAAGAUCUCCCUGAAAAUAAGAAACAGGCUCAAAUGGAGAAAGAGCUAGGCAAUGAGGCGUACAAGAAAAAAGAUUUUGACACUGCACUAAAACAUUAUGGACAAGCCAGAGAACUUGAUCCAGCUAACAUGACCUAUAUUACAAACCAGGCCGCUGUUCAUUUCGAAAAAGGAGAUUACAAUAAAUGCAGAGCAUUAUGUGACACAGCAAUUGAAGUAGGAAGAGAAAACCGAGAAGAUUAUCGUCUGAUUGCAAAAGCAUAUGCCCGCAUUGGGAACUCCUAUUAUAAAGAAGACAUGUACAAGGAAGCAAUUCAGUUCUACAACAAAUCUCUGGCAGAGCACAGAAUUCCAGAGGUUCUCAAGAAAUGUCAGCAGGCAGAGAAAAUUCUAAAGGAGCAGGAACGCCUUGCUUACAUCAAUCCUGAACUGGCUCUUGAGGAGAAAAGUAAAGGCAAUGAAGCUUUUCAAAAAGGAGACUACCCCCAAGCAGUGAAACAUUACUCAGAAGCAAUUAAGAGGAAUCCAAAAGAUGCCAAACUGUACAGUAAUCGAGCCGCAUGCUACACCAAACUGCUGGAGUUUCAACUUGCUCUUAAGGACUGUGAGGAAUGUAUACGACUAGAGCCUGCAUUCAUUAAGGGCUACACUCGCAAAGCUUCAGCACUGGAGGCCAUGAAAGACUUCACCAAGGCUAUGGAUGUUUAUCAGAAAGCAUUGGAUCUGGACUCUGCAUGCAAGGAAGCAAGUGAUGGUUACCAGAGGUGCAUGAUGUCACAGUACCACAGGAAUGACAGUCCAGAAGAUGUGAAACGCAGGGCAAUGUCAGAUCCAGAAGUGCAACAGAUUAUGAGUGAUCCAGCAAUGAGACUGAUACUGGAACAAAUGCAGAAGGACCCACAGGCACUGAGCGAACACUUGAAAAAUCCAGGAAUUGCUCUGAAGAUACAGAAAUUAAUGGAUAUUGGGUUAAUUGCCAUCCGGUGAUGAAUCUCUUAGCAUCCCCCUUGCCUCAUGUUAAGAGCUGAUGUCCUCAUCCCCCUGAUGCUGCCCCUGUUUUGCUCUUCACUAGUUGUGGUGCAGUGGAGAGUUAGGGACUUUAUGAAAAGACUGCUCUGUGUACAGCAGAGCUGGGGGGAGAGAUCCAUGCGUCAGACACUCUAUACGCAUCUUUGUUCUGCUACUCUCUCCCAGUUGUUCAAGUUUAUUGACCUGUAAUAAUGUAAUAAAGACAAGCACGUGAUUAUA